CUUUCUCAUCAAGUAAAAAUGGAACUGAGGUUGUAGUCGAAAAAUAUUUUAUUGUGAACAAUUGUAAGCUUUAACGAGUGUAAAUAUUUUAAAAUAAAAGAAAAAAAACAAACAAACAAAAAGAAAGGAAGAAAUAAGUAUAUAAUCUUUAUAUCUACUGUAUAAAACAAUAUAAUUAUGGCGGUUGGUUCAACAAAAGUGGUACAAGUGACAAACAUUGCACCCCAAGCAACUAAAGAUCAAAUGCAAACUUUAUUUGGUUACUUAGGAAAGAUAGAAGAUAUUAGAUUAUAUCCCACUAUAAGAGAUGUAGCAGUACCUGUACAAUCGCGUAUUUGUUACGUUAAAUUUCACGAUCAAGGAUGUGUUGCAGUUGCUCAACACAUGACGAAUACUGUAUUCAUUGAUCGAGCAUUGAUAGUAAUUCCUUAUCAAAAUGGAGAUAUUCCAGAUGAACAGCGUGCUCUUGAGUUAACUAACAAUGGUACAGUUGUACCAGGUCUAUACCCUUCUGAACCAAAGCUUCCACCAAAUGUUGUAAAUGCAAUCGAAGGUAUUCCUCCGAAUCAUGUAAUUACAACAAUGGAUCCUAAAUUAGAAGCUCAUGGAUUACCGCCUUAUCCACAUUUGCCUGGCCAUUUAGAUAGUAGACGAAUUGAGGAAAUUAGGAGAACACUAGUAAUAGCUAAUUUAGAUGCUUCUACGACGGCUGAACAAUUGCUAGAUUUUUUCAGUAAUAACAACGUUGAGAUUAAGUACUUACGCCUUUGUACAAGAGAUUCUGAUACAGAUCACUAUGCAUUAGUGGAACUUACGGAACAAGGAGCAGUGGUUUCUGCAUUAUUAUUAAAUGGAAAAAUGCUUGGCGAUAGACAUAUAAAGAUUUAUCAUUCGACACAAGCAAUAGCUAAACCAGAAGCAAAAAGUAAUGAAGCAGCUCAGAAAGAAAUAGAAGAAGCUAUGUCACGUGUCAAAGAAGCUCACAAUUUGAUUUCUGCUGCUAUAGAUCCAAUGAUUGGUAUGCUUUCAAAAGACAAACGAAGUCGCAGCGGUUCCCGUAGUCGAAAGUCGAGAUCUAGAUCCCGUGGUCGCAGUAGACGUUCAAGAUCACGGAAGAGAUCUCGUUCGCGACAUCGACGUAGAUCCAGAUCUCGUUCAAAACGUUCUCGAUCCAAAGAACGUAGAAGAAAGUCACCUUCACGGAGAAGAAGUAGCUCUCGUAGUCGUCAUCGUUCUCGGUCACGAUCUAGAAGGUCAAGAUCACGUAGAUCAAGAUCUAGAUCUAGAGAUCGUAGAAAAAGAUCUCUACGGCGUAGAAGUCGUUCUCACUCCCGUAGUAAACGUUCUAAAUCGAAAUCUAGACGUUCCAGAUCUAAAUCAAAAUCUAGGUCAUCUAAAUCUAGAUAUUCUGAUAAAUACAAGGAUAAAGAUAAAGAUAGAAGUAAGGAUAAAUCUGAUAACGGUAAGAAAAAUGAUGGGGAUAAAGGUGAUAAGGAAAAAAGCGAAAAGAAAUCAAGUAAGGAAAAAAAGUCAGAGAAAGAAUCAAAGUCAGACGAAAAGAAUAGAGUUGCAUCUGAAAAUAAUGAAAAUAAGGAUAAGGAAUCCGUAUCUUAAAUUUUCAAAUUCUAAUGAACACUUAUUUUUAUUUUCUGAUUAUUUGGUUAACUUCAAUUUAUAUAAUAAGACGUAAUUUAUCUGUACAGUAAGCAUAUUAUUCAAAGUUAUAAAAACAUAUCUCAUUCAUAUGUUAUUACACGUUUAUUUGGAAAAAAAAUAAGAAACAUUAGUUAUUUUAAUGUUAAUUCUUGCUUGCUACUAAUUAUAGCUUUUGUAAUUCAUUCCUUGCUAUAAAUCAUUUCUUGUUGUUUUAUAUGUAUUUUUUUAGUUUUCAUAUACUUCAAAAUUACGUUUCCAUUACAGCAAUAAAUGCUAUUGUAUCGAUAGAGGUAUAUAUUUAAAUAUUUAUUUUGCUAUAGAUGGAUUUUCAUAAACUGUUACAUUUUCAUAUUUCUCAAGUUUUACUGGAACUGGUUUACGAAAACGAUCUUUUUGAACUUGUUUUAUUAUACUUGAUCGUCUUUUCAUUAACAGCUAUAUAGAAUGAAACCAUAUUUAAUCAUUAUAUUAAAACAAUUUUUUGCUUGUACUGUAGAUGAAUUCCAUUUAAAAUUUUAUGCAAAAGUAUAUAUUGUUAUUUGCCAUGCUAUUAUUUCUCAUUGAUAAAUUAGUAUUUGAUAUAGAAGCCAUUUCCAAUGUAUUAUCUACUAUUUUUUUAUUUUGUGUUAUAGUUUUUACUUCAUUGGGGCCUAAUCAGAAAUAAAUUAUUAAUUUAACAUUAGCAAUACUCUUAUACAUGAUAUCAAACUUACUUAGUAAAUAUUCAUCGUAUUGAUCGAGUGGAUCCAUUCCAAGAAAUUCGGAUAGAUUAUCCGUAUAUUGUAGAUCCAUGAAUAUUAUUAUUAAAGUCAAAAUAAUACAAAAAAUACCUAUAUGGUUAAAUUAACAAUGAAUUAAGUUUUGAUUUAUUAAAAAGAAAGUUUAAUUUUAAAAGAUAUAGUUUAAAUAAGAUAAAGAUGUGCAACAAACAAUUCUUACCACUUGCAAAAGACAUCCAAAAAUGUAUACCAAAAUGCAAUGUUAACAAUCCAUUUUCAAAAGGUAUAAUAAGUGGAGUUUUAUUACGUAUAAAGACCCAUAAGUUACAAGUUAGUAUUUGUAAUCCUUCAACUAUUCCAAUUAAAUAAGCUGUGUAUCAGCUUACAAAUUGCAACAUUAUAUUUGACAUUAUUCAGCAACUAAACGCAGUCCUCUGAAUUAAGACAGUAAAUUUAAUAUAAGACAUCCAUAAAAAAUUAAAUAUAACAAUUUAUUGUUCUUAUAAAUAAUUGUGUACAAAAGCAUUAAUGAGUAUUUUAUACGUAUUAUAUAUACAAACCAUAAUAAGAUAUGACAGUACCACCUGGCA